AUUGAACCGCGAAACAUCACCUUUUUAUUAUCGUUCUCUUUCUUCCUCAAAAGUAAAACUUCUCUUGUUGGUAACUGGUAUCUAGUAGCACUAACUAAACUCCUCUCAAAAAAAAAAAAAAAAAAGUGUUGUAUAACAUGGCGACUGACAAGACGGUGAUGGCGGUGAUCAGAGCAGCGAGACCCUCGUUCCGCAACAUCUACGACAAGAUUGCCUUUGCCGUACACGCCACCUUCCUCGCCUCCGGCCAUGUUCUCGUCGCCACCGGUCCCCCUGCCUUCUCCGACAACGCCCUCUCCUCUACCUCCACAGAGGAGGUGGGUAUCGAGGAGUGGAACGAGCAAGAAGACGAGUACGCGUUCGUGUACAUAAACCCAGAAAAGGAUUGGAAGAAAGUGCUGGUCAAGUGCCUUGUCAUCAACGACAAGUUUCUCGUUGAUGCUCUCCCCGAGGGGGCUCCCGAGCCUCUACAUCUUGAAAUUAAUCCUGAGGACUAUGUUGGUGGAAAUGGGGGUACCAAUUAUUCUACGCAAUAUAAGAAUCUGGAGGGUCUCGUGAAGACUCUUGAUACUCAACUUCUGUCUAAAUUGUAUGCUUCUCCACAACCUCCUCCAAGUUCAGAGACCAGUGAAACAUCAAGCAGGAAUGUAAACAUUGAGGUUCCAAUUGGCAGACCUUCAAGCCCUCAAACCCAUCCUUCAGGAAUCAUUUAUCCUCCUGUUUAUCCUAGUGGUGUUAGUGAUAUUUUUCCCAGUCCCGGUGCUGGAAUGUACCCAACCCGGCCUGGUUUUGGAACUGGUGGUGGGAGCAUGUAUCUAGGACCUAAUGAUCCUCGCUGGCGCGGAAUGGUGGGAGACCCUGUAUUCCCUGGUGGAAUUGGGGGAGAUCCUGGAUUCCCUGGAGGACUACCGGGUGUUCCUCCAGGUGCUCGUUUUGAUCCCUAUGGCCCACCUGGUGUCCCCGGUUUUGAGCCAAAUCGAUUUACAAGAGACCCGCGGAGACCUGGGAGAGGGACACAUCCAGACUUGGAACAUUUUGGGGGCGGUUCAGAUUUCAUUUAGAGCACUCUUUCAAUAAACUUUGUUUUCUUGCGACACUUUCCUUUCAAGAGAACAUGACCAUAACCCUUCUUUUCUUUGUUUUGGGUUGUUCUUUGGGGGUGGGGGGCUAAGACACUGUAUAUAUGUUAUUAAGUUUUUUUUUUUUUUUUUUUUUGUGAAAUAUAUUUUAUUAAAGAUAUUGGAGCGAAUGUGGUUUAAUGUUUAA